AUGUGGAGACAAGUCCUUGAGAAUGGCAGGUCGGCCUUCAAUGAGCACUGGCCGUACAGCGCUCUGGUUCCAGUUGGGGUCGGCGGUGCCGCACUUUGUUGGCUAUUAUGUGGACGCCAAAGGAAAACUAUAGACAUGGGGGAUGGAUGGUGGGGACACGGAGAGAAGCCCACCGAGAAGGAGGACACCAAGAUCAAUCCAUUCCGGGUGGAGGUAUCUGAAGAUGUUAUAAAGGACUUUCAUGAUCGUCUGGACCGCACUCGCUACUUUUCCCCACUGGAGGACUCCCAGUUCCAUUAUGGGAUGAAUAGUGUAACAUUGAAGAAGGUGGUCUCAUACUGGAGGAACACGUUUGAUUGGGGCAAACAGGUGGAGAUCAUCAACAAAUACCCCCACUACACCACCAACAUUGAAGGUCUGAACAUUCAUUUCAUCCAUGUCAAGCCUCCAAACCUCCCCGCUGGACAGAAAGCCAUCCCUCUGCUGAUGGUUCACGGCUGGCCGGGUUCAUUCUAUGAAUUCUAUCGGAUUAUUCCGCUUCUGACCGAGCCAGGAAAGCACGGCUUGGACCCCAGCUUCACCUUUGAGGUCAUCUGUCCCUCUAUUCCUGGAUAUGGCUUUUCAGAAGCACCACAUAAGAAGGGCUUUAACGGCAUUUCUGCGGCACGUAUCUUCUACAAGCUGAUGCUGAGACUGGGAUUUAGUCAGUUCUAUCUGCAAGGAGGAGACUGGGGAAGCCUCAUCACCACCAUCAUGUCCCAGAUGAAACCAGAAUCAAUCAAAGGACUCCAUCUGAAUGUGGUGUUCAUCAGUAAAGGCGGGUUUGGAAUGCUCAUUUCAUUGCUUCUUGGGCGCUAUCUGCCAUGGUUAGUGGGCAUGACAAGGGAAGAUGUCAAGCGCCUCUACCCGUACUUUGAGAAGAAUGUGUACGCCAUCCUACGGGAGUCGGGAUACCUCCACAUUCAGGCAACCAAACCUGAUACUGUAGGCUCUGCUCUGAAUGACUCACCUGCUGGACUGGCUGCCUAUAUCCUGGAAAAGUUCUCCACCUGGACCAAUCCAGACUACCGAGAACUGGAGGAUGGCGGGUUGGACAGGAAAUACUCUUUGGAUGACCUUCUCACCAAUGUGAUGAUAUAUUGGGUCUCAGGCUCCAUCACGUCUUCCAUGAGGUUUUACAAAGAAAACUUCACCCGUGACUUCCAGACGAAUCCAUCCGCAAGGACCCCUGUGUAUGUUCCCACCGGCAUUGCCGCCUUCCCAUGUGAGCUGAUGCACACCCCCAAGGUAUGGGCCAAAGAAAGACACAAGAACAUUGUCACCUACAACUACAUGCCCCGCGGAGGGCACUUUGCUGCCUUUGAGGAGCCCGAACUGCUCGCCCGUGACGUCCAGCAAUUUGUAUCCAAGGUGGAAAAAGGAACAAAAUAG